UGCCGCGCCCACCAAUGCUAUCGUCCGCACUCCCGCGCGGCGCCCACGCCGUCCUCGUCACCUCAGGCCACCUCCGCCACCUCGACCCGCAGCUCCAGGUCCCGCCUCUCCUCCUCGCCAACUCCCUCAUCGCCGCCUUCUCCCGCGCCGCCCUCCCGCGCCUCGCGCUCCCGCUCCUCCGCCGCCUCCUCGCGGGCGCGCACCCGCUCCGCCCCGACUCCUUCACCUUCCCGCCGCUCGUCCGUGCCGCCCCGGGUCCGGCCUCCGCCGCGCAGUUCCAUGCCUGCGCGCUCCGCCUGGGGCUCCUCCACCCCAACGUCUUCGCCUCGGGCUCCCUCGUCCACGCCUACCUGCGGUUCGGCCGCGUCGCUGAGGCCUACAGAGUGUUCGACGAAAUGCCCGAGCGGGAUGUGCCCGCGUGGAACGCGAUGUUGUCCGGGCUGUGCCGCAACGCCCGGGCCGUGGACGCGGUUGCGCUGUUCGGGAGGAUGGUCGGCGAGGGGGUCGCGGGGGAUGCCGUGACGCUCUCGAGCGUCCUGCCAAUGUGCGUUCUGCUCGGGGAUCGAGCGCUUGCUCUGGUCAUGCACGUGUAUGCGGUGAAGCGCGGGCUGUCUGGCGAGCUAUUUGUGUGCAAUGCCUUGAUUGACGUGUACGGGAAGCUGGGGAUGCUAGUGGAGGCUCGCUGGGUGUUUGGUGGAAUGGCAUUACGGGAUCUGGUCACGUGGAAUUCGAUCAUUUCAGCGUAUGAGCAAGGUGGGAAGGUUGCUGCUGCUGUCGAGCUGUUCCAUGGUAUGAUGAAAAGUGGGGUUUCCCCUGAUGUGCUAACACUUGUUAGCCUGGCAUCUGCUGUUGCUCAGUGCGGAGAUGAGCGCGGUGCAAAGUCAGUGCAUUGCUACGUAAGGAGGCGGGGCUGGGAUGUGGGUGACAUCAUUGCCGGAAAUGCUGUGGUUGAUAUGUAUGCUAAGCUGUCGAAGAUUGAUGCUGCCCAGAUGGUAUUUGAUAACUUGCCUGAUCGAGAUGUUGUGUCCUGGAACACGCUGAUUACAGGGUAUAUGCAGAAUGGACUUUCUAAUGAGGCAGUCAGGAUAUACAAUGAUAUGCAGAAUCAUGAGGGUCUGAAGCCGAUUCAAGGGACGUUUGUCAGCAUUUUGCCUGCGUACUCGAACCUCGGUGCAUUGCAGCAGGGAAUGCGAAUGCAUGCACUGUCAAUUAAGACUGGAUUAAAUCUUGAUGUGUAUGUCAGUACUUGUCUGAUAGACUUGUAUGCUAAAUGUGGGAAGCUAGUAGAAGCAAUGCUUUUGUUUGAGCAUAUGCCUAGAAGGAGCACAGGUCCUUGGAAUGCCAUCAUAGCUGGUCUUGGGGUUCAUGGGCAUGGUGCAAAGGCACUCAAUCUCUUCUCACAAAUGCAACAAGAAGGAAUUAAGCCUGAUAAUGUCACAUUUGUUUCAUUAUUGGCUGCCUGUAGCCAUGCUGGCUUAGUUGAUCAAGGUCGGAGUUUCUUUGAUUUGAUGCAAACUGUUUAUGGUAUUGUGCCCAUUGCAAAGCACUAUGCAUGCAUGGUAGAUAUGCUUGGAAGAGCUGGUCAGUUGGACGAAGCUUUUGAGUUCAUACAAGGCAUGCCAAUUAAGCCUGACUCUGCUGUUUGGGGCGCACUGCUUGGUGCCUGUAGGAUUCAUGGGAAUGUUGAAUUGGGUAAAUUGGCAUCACAGAACCUAUUUGAACUUGAUCCCAAGAAUGUUGGAUAUUAUGUCCUGAUGUCAAAUAUGUAUGCAAAGAUUGGGAAAUGGGAUGGAGUUGAUGCAGUAAGGUCUUUGGUUAGGCGCCAGAAUUUGCAAAAGACCCCUGGAUGGAGUUCAAUGGAGGUCAAAGGGUCUGUGAGUGUAUUUUACAGUGGCACACAGACAGAACCCCACCCUCAGCAUGAAGAAAUCCAGAGAGAGCUACAGGACCUUUUGGCCAAGAUGAAAAGUGCAGGCUAUGUUCCUGACUACAGUUUUGUCUUACAAGACGUAGAGGAGGAUGAAAAGGAACAGAUCUUGAAUAAUCAUAGUGAGAGAUUAGCUAUUGCCUUUGGCAUUAUAAAUACUCCUCCAAGAACUCCGCUCCAUAUAUACAAGAAUUUGCGGGUCUGUGGGGAUUGUCACAAUGCUACCAAAUAUAUAUCAAAAAUAACUGAAAGAGAUAUCAUUGUCCGGGAUGCAAACCGGUUCCACCACUUUAAAGAUGGGCACUGCUCUUGUGGAGACUUUUGGUAACAGUUACACAUAAUAUAUUAUUUCCUCUGCACAACAUUUUCUCUCCCUAAGUUGCCUGGUCAUCAAAUGUGACUUGAUGAGGUUUAGGACUGAACUGAAGUAUUUUGCUGAUGCCAAAAGAUAGAAUGGUUUAAUUCUUUGUCUUGCAAUACAGCUGCCAUAUAUCCUUGAUCUAGUAGUGAAUGACUUCAGUUGAAAAUGUGUUGCAGCUUUUCUUAACAGAGUUAGGCCUUUUUUUUUUAUCUUUCAUCUUCUGGUGUUGAACCUGAGAAAAUGAGUAGUUGUUGUAGAGUCUGAUGCUAGUAUGCAGUUUUUGCCCUGCUGACUGCCUUGUUCUUUUGGCACUUUGUCAUAUUUUAAUACAACAUCCUGGGUGAUUUUAGAGGAUAAAAGCAUCUAACAUCUGUAAAAUUCGAUAUGUACUGUGCAUACGGUACAUUUCUGGUAAAGUAUCUUAUACAAUUUCUGCAUACCUAACAAAGUUAAUCAUGGAAUUUACUUGCCAAAAUUGAAGACUGCUACUCUUGAAAAAGAGAGACACAAAAGACUUGGAAACACACUUUGGUAAAUCUGGUCGCUGUUCCGGAAAGAAACAAAUUGUCUCUGAAGUCUGUGAGCUUCGCGCUUAAAUCUGUUCUUUCUUUACAGUUUCAUGUUUAUAAACUGUCACUGUAUCAUUAUUUUGCUCCAGACCGAUAAAGGACAAACUAAUGACGCUCUCAAUCUACAAUACAUUAGACAGAAAAACCUUUUCCUUUUGCAUGACCACCCAGUUCUCUGCAACCAAAUUGUGUAGUACGUUUGUACAUGUCCAAUCACACCCAUUGCGAAAGAGGGAAAUAAAUGGAGUAAAUGGAGCUGUCAAACUUGGAUGAGGUAACACUAGGUGAAGGUUUGCUACAUGGUCAACAAGGGUGCUCGCAUUUUCCUAGAUUUAUUCCACGGUACUAUUCUUUUAAUGGUGACUUCGUCAAUCUCAAGAUUUGCUGGUUCAACUUAGUUCUUUGGAUGUGCUCAUAGGGGUAGGGUGUGUGCAUGCGUUCAUAGGGGUGAGUGUACGCUCGUGUAUGUGAGCGUCUGCAUCUGUAACUAGGUCUCGCAAAAACAUGGAAUGGUUGAGGAAUCAUUUACUAAUGAAGGUACCUUUUGGCUUUUGCAUUAAUGCCAUAAAGUCCUAUGAAUUAUUGCAGGACAUCCAAAUGGUGAACUGUUGCUGGGGCCCACCUUGCUGCCUUAUUAUGCACAGUUUGGCAAUGUGACCUGGUAUAGAGAGCUCUAGCGGUGGCAGAAGACAAACCCAAAUGGAGGUGCUUCUUUCUGGGUAGCACUGAGGAACUGUUAACAGUAUGGUACACUGCUGCUUGAGCUAGCUGCCACUUUCAUCUUUUAUGGAUCUUAGCCAUGAUUGUUGGAAUUGUGAUACAUCAGAACCAUGUUAGAUGUCUGUAGCUUGUAUUGUAUUUUUUUCAACAGCAGUUUAUUCUGCAAUACAACAUAGCUGCUGGGUCUAAGAAUAGACUGCCCAGAUAGCAACAGUUUGUUUCAUUAGCUGUCUGCAAGUAUAGUACUGUCUCCAAGAAAAUGCUGGGGUACCACAUCCUUGUUACCAAACUGUAAGGCUUUGAAAAGGGAUUGCUUUACUACUAGAUCUACUAAUAUAUUUUUCUGUUGAGUGAGAAUAACAAUAACUAGUAUGAUUUUUUUUUUCUUUUGGACAACUAGAGAUGGUCAUAUCCAACCUUCAAUAUGCUCUUGUUUACAUUUAUAUCAAUUAUACCAAGAAAAAUAACUUUAGUAUCUUUUAUCAGGUUAUCUGAUUAGAAUCUUUAUGUUUGCAAAUUGCAAGUGUGUUUAAUAACAAACUUCUCAUAUGAUGUACUUAAAGGAUAUUGGCUGAGUUCACGUAGCCAUAACGUGCAAUCGUAAUGCCUGAUGUAUUUUUCAUCAAUAUAAGUUGGUGCAUUUUUUUAUUUGCAGGAAGUGUUAAUGAUAUGGUAGAUCUUUAUGUUGGCUGCUCCUAUAGCUACCAUGUGUUUUUUAGUUGAUUUUUUAGGCUCUGAUACUAUGUUUGACCUGGUUUAGUUACAUUAAGCUAGUUCAUUGUCUGAUUGUAACUAUUUGGGAACAUGCAUAUAGUAUACAACAUAACUUAGUUUGACCUGGUUUAGUGAACAAAACCAGGUCAAACAUAACUUAAUUCAUUGUCUUGUUUAAUUACAUUAAGCUAGUUAAUGAACUAAACCAGGUCAAACAUAACUUAAACCAUUGUCUGAUACAAUGUUUGACCUGGUUUAGUUACAUUAAAUUAAUUCAUUGUCUAGUUUAGUUGAUUUUAUAAACUUCCUAACAUAACUUAUUUGGGAACAUGCAUAUAAUAUACAACAUCUGAAGAACACUGCCUCAACUUAUAUUGUCUGAUUGUGCUGAAUUAAUUUGCUGUUGCAAACUGAACUGACUGAAGCUUUUGUUUCUGGAAGCGAGCCAGGUGAUUGGUGUGGUGUGAUUACAGUACUACUCCAUACAACUGUUUACAGUGUUGAAUUGUCAAGCUUGCAGAGCUGAGGAAGGUCACUGCUGAGCAGUGAGCGGUGUCCGAGGGAACAUUAGAAAAAGGCUGGUCAGCUUCGUGUUGGAGAUACUCCUACAUUCUAUGUUUGCACUUUUAUGGUUUCAAAGUUCCAGAGCCAGUAUUCUUUUCUUUCAGGAUGGCAUUGUCGGGCGGAUCUGUCUCCUGGCCAGGCCGAGAUGGAACUGCCCGGCAAGCUGCGAUAAUCAGUUGGUCAUGAGUUCGCGAGAAGACCCUUGGAUGACGAUCACUUCGUGGUCUCGGAUACCCUCCUAAUGCCAUGUGGUGAGCUGUUCCCUGCAGGUUCCACACGCCGCCUUAUCCGCCGCCUGUUGGUGUGACGUUUUCUGAAGGAGCCCUUGCUGCAGCACUUUGGCAACUUCACAACCUGAACGCAGGCGCCUCUCCUGUUGGUGUUGGGUGACAACGUGGUAUGGGCACAUGGAAGUAGCUCCUUGUGGCUGCAUUAAAGUAUAUAAUAUAUAAUUUAGCAUGCUCUGGUUCGCCAUUACCGGAUAUACUCGCGGACGGAGGAGCAUGUGCCCCCAUAUUACGAGACAGCAGGACAGCCAUGUGUAAUAUAGAGUGUACCUGUGUUUGUCCAGGUGAAGAUUACGAGAACCGAAUGGUCGAGGGUGCCCCUUCCGUCGUACUCAGGUUUUGCUACGUCGCGGCAGCCCAUGUACGCUGCCGGCUGUGGUAGCAGAUGCAUGCAUGCUUGGAAUGGCCAGGUACACUGGAACUGUUGGGGGGCACGGCGUUGCCGUCCGGGAGUGGCAGUCGCUUGGGAACGGUUCCCUUGGGAACUGGGCAUCUCUGUUGCAAAGUUCAGUGUUGUGCCUGUCGGGAGAUCGCCUGGCUGAAAAACUUGUAGCUGACUGAAAGUCUGGAUGGAAGCGACUUCUCCCGCCCAGUGUGCCGUCCGAUGCUUGAGCUUCGCUCAAUGACCUCCUCUUGUCUUGUGGGUAUUUCGACGACGCUGGUAUUCCUAGCACAAACUUGGCUCGGGUACUGUUUGGAGUGCGUGGAUUUUUUAUCUGUUUGUAAGUUUCUCAUGGCAAAUUGGAUGGAUUUGUAAGAAAUUGCUGUACGAUUUGUAAAAUUCAUACAUUUCGAAUGGGCCCUCAAUGGAUAAAGUGUAGCAUUUUGAAUGCUUGUUGAGUUGCUGGGCCGGGACUGACGAAGCAGCAACGUACUGUCAGUCUCUCUCAAAGUGAUU